AUGAACUCAAAGAAUACUAUUGUUUAUGUUAAGGUGAAGGGAAAGCGACCCGAUGGUUUUGUUGAUCCACCAGUGUUUGAGUGGAAUAUACAGAAGGAAAAGAAACUCUGGAGUCUACUUUCCCAACUCAAUGACCCUGACAAGGAGAUAGACUGGGCGUUAUUAGCAGAGGGGCUGGAUGCACCCAUAUAUUUUUUAAAGCGUCGUUGCUAUGAGCUAUUUACAAAACAUUUUGAAUUAUUAAGACAGCAAAUAGAUAGGAAGAACAAAAAUGCGCUUACAGACCGGUCUGAAACACCUGAAAGAGAUAGUACUGAAGAGAUUACGAAGGAGGUAAACUUUUUAAAUCAGCUACCAGUGAGAACCCCAGGUACAAUACAAGAGGAAUUCAACGAGGACAAUGGGCCCAAAGAUAAAAAUAAAACACCUGAUACAACGAAGAAAGCCAUUGAACAACUUAAAUCAUCACGAAUACUAAACUUUAAAGGAAAUAAACUCGAUUAUAACAAUAGAGAGGUGGGCUUAACUAGAUAUGAUAGUACAUAUGAAAAAGAAGGGGUACAUACGGAAGAAACAGAAAGCGAGCUUUCCUCCAGUUUGGGCGUUAGUAAAUCUACCCUAGAAGAGGCAUUAAUGGACAAGCUUCAAAUCUGA